AUACCUUUAAUCAGUACACGCUGACAGCUGGAGUAGAUACUUACAAAUUGUGAGGAUGACGGGAUUGACAAAUGCGUUGCUCUUCGGCUGUUUGACUCUGGUUGCGGGGCGUACUAUUACUGUACAUAAAAUUUCACUGUCUUUGACAGAGGAGUCUGAAGAUGCAGACGAACUAAAUGACAUUCUGCCGACCGUUCUCGGCUACUUCGACGUCACUUCCGGUGAACAAUAUGACGAUAUUGUUCAAGGCUGUAUCAAAGGGAAAUGCGAGUUUUGCAAGGAUUUAUAUGGACAUGAGGUCUGCGUGGUAGCAACCUCAGAAAAGGACGCUAUCGUGCUAGAGAUUACUUUUGACAAGAAACAGACGGUGAAAACAGUCGUCAGAGGUCCUAAUCCACCGAAAAUGUGCAAACGAUCCAUACCAGGUAUCCCGGCAGUUAAAGACGUCUGUAUAGAGAUCAAGGACGUUAAUGUUCAGCAAUUAGCCGGUUGCGUCUAUGUCUCCUGGAAGUUUAGAGGCAGACCAAACAUAGUGAAAAUCGGGUGCUUCAAGAUACCAACCAGUGGUGGUGUGAACCAGAUAACAGAAGCUGGGCGGGUGCAGGUUGAAGAACGUGGUACCAGAGCUGAUAACCACGAGUAGACAGUUGUUAUAUUUGAGAGUAUGAAUACGACAGCUUAGAUGCGAAAAUCGAUUCUCCUCAUUCAAUAUUUCAACCUCUUAUAUGCUGGGAAAAUGUUGAAGUAUAUUAUUGACAACUGCAUGUUAGAAUGCUUGUUCUUUAUAUGAGUUAUAUUUAUUCCACACCUUCUUUUUUAUCUCCUUCAAUAAGCGUAUGUGACCGUACUAUAUGUUCCCAUACUGAAUACGGCUUAAGAUAAUAUCAUAACCAUACUGCACGGUAAGAACAGUAAGACCCCCAUGAAUACCAUUAAAGUCGCUUAAGGAUAUUGUACACAUACUGAGCUAUUUUACACAUAUUGUACACAUAUUGAGCCAUUUUACACAUAUUGUACACAUAAUGUACCAAUAUACAAAUAUUGUACACAUAUUGUGCCGUUUUACAAAUAUUGUACACCUAUUGCGCAAUUAUACAAAUGCUGUACACAUAUUGUGCCAUUUUACAUAUAUUAUACAGAAUCCUGUUUGACAACCUUACAUUAAACACUGGCAAAGCG